GUUCUCAGUGCUGACGCAGAAGCAGAGAGGCGAAGAAAGAAUCUCAGGAGACAGAAGAGAGAAUGGAUCCUGCCUCCUGCCAAGAUCAACGAGAAUACAGACUACACACAAAGAGAGUACAUUGCCAAGGUCAGCUAAACUAAGACACCAAGCAAAACCUGACUAAUCAUAAUACUACUAUAUAUAUACUACUUGAAGCUGAAAUCCACAUAAUGUGAAACUGUGCCACUUUUUUCCCCAGCGCAUUUCUUAUAGUGUUUUAGCUCUACUUGAUUGAGCUUGCCUGGCUGGCACAAUGGAAUCAAUUUAAUAAACCCACCCCACCCAUCUGUCAUUCCAGGCCAUCCAUUACUCCAGUAAUAAAAUAGUAUUUGAUAGAAUACAACCACCAUUUAAAACCCAGGUCUGUUCUGUGGAUGGCAUGAGAAACUAAACGCUUGGAGGAAUGAAACCAGGGACAGGUUUCUAACACAUGGUUGCCUGAAUGGAAUUAGCAGGCAAGGUUGAUGAGCAUAAGUUUGGGCAUUAUGUUCACUUGGUUCAUGUGAGAAAAUGAAGCAGAGAUUCGGGUUACCAGCAUGUUUCAUCCAGAGAGAAGUUGAUUGUUGUGAUGCUUAUUUGGAUGCAAAUAAGCAGUUGAGCAUAAUCAUUCAUUGUGAGUCACUCCGUCCUGGCAGAAGUGGUUUGAGUCCUAUGGAAUUUGAACUCAUGAUAAACAACUAUACUGACAACAUAGAUACAUUUAAUUAGAUGUAAUACAUGUCAUUAGAAACGUUUUAAGACGUCAGGCCAUAAUAGAAACAGAACAUUAUUAAUGUACCUUUAUAAAAGUAGGAUCAUUGAGGAACUCCACAAGUUAUAUUCAGGUAUUAUUAUCCCUUUGUCUCUGUUUCCUUAUGUUUGAAUGUAAUUCCUUUGUUCAGAUCCGCUCUGAUAAGGACAAAGAGGCGAAGGUGGAGUAUUACCUGGCAGGGGAGGGGGCUGACAAACCCCCCUUUAACCUCUUCAUUGUCAACCCCGAGAAUGGCUUUGUACGCAUCACCGGCAUCCUGGACCGGGAGAAAUGCCCCAUGUACAACGUGAGUCUCCUUGACGUUAUGAAGCUGUCAUUUAUAAGAAUGACAUGGCAGUUAUGACUGCAGCUUAUACGGCUUUUGUUAAUAUGUAACUGAAACGAUAUAAUAUAGUAAAUAAAUGAAUAUAUUUUGUCCCAGUUGACUGGAGUGGCAAGGUACAGAAACGGGACAUUGGCGGAAGCAAAUAUUCCUCUGCAGAUUAAUGUCAUUGAUCUGAACGAUAACCCACCUUACUUUGAGCUGCACUCUGGGUCCAUUGCAGAGUCCAGCAAAGCAGGUACAUUACAAAUAUUUAUAUAUUUUUUAUUUAUUGUCACAUACACCUGAAAUGUGUUGUUUUACAGGGUCAGCCAUAGUAGUACAGCACCCCUGGAGAAAAGUAGAGUUAAGUGCCUUGCUCAAGAGCACAUCAACAGAUUUUUCACCUUGUCGGCUCGGGUAUUUGAACCAGCAACCUUUCAGUUACUGGCCCAACACUCAAACUGCUGGACUACCUGCCGCCAGAUAUCCUCAUUCUGUAUAAGACAGAUACCCUCUUCUCAUUAGUGCUGCACAAUCAGAUUAGACAUAAUCCGAUGUACCACACAGUGUUUAACAAAUCCAGAAACACAUAUCGAGGCUGUCUCAAUCGGGUCUGCCUUUUGAUGCAGCCUUCUGCCUCUUGCCUUUGGAAUAUCAUGUCUCACAAUGUCCUCUCCCAUUGCCCCCUACCCUGUGAAACACCAGGCACAGAAAUCAUGCAGAUCAUUGGGAAAGAUGACGAUGAGGAGGGGAGCAUGAACUCUAAGAUCCAUUACAAGAUCCUCAGCCAGAAACCAGCAGGGUCCGGAGCCAUGUUCACCAUCGAUGAGAAUACAGGGAAACUCUUCGUCAAGGAUGCCACACUGGACAGAGAGGUACACUUGAUGAGGCCUUGAUAGCCCUAUAAACUGUCUGUAUCAGUGGAGGCUGCUGAGGGGAGAACGGCUCAUAAUAAUGGCCGUAACGGAGCAAAUGGAAUGGCAUCAAACACCUGGAAACCAUUGUUUGAUGUAUUUGAUACCAUUCCACUGAUUCCGCUCCAGUCAUUACCACAAGCCCGUUCUCCCCAAUUAAGGUGCCACCAACCUCCUGUGGUCUGUAUGGUAUUUUCAGAAUAUUUGGUAGCCAGAAGUAUUAAGUGCACACCAGGCAAGCUCCAUCAAAAUCAGCUAAAAUACUAAGUGAACCCAGGUCUGAUGUGAAAUACCAGUAUAUGAAAGUCUCUUUGCUCUAUCUUUUCUAGACUCACGAUUCGUACACUAUAAUCGUCCAAGGGACAGAUAUGGGCGGGGCAGCUGGAGGCAACACAGGAACAGGAACUGUGGAAAUAAAGGUCCUGGACAUCAAUGACAACGUCCCCACACUGGAGAAGGAGCAGGUGAAAGAAACAGCCUUGGUUUCAACCUUUCCUGAGAUUUCUUUACAUGCUGUGUUUUCCAUGCCAGUGGGUGACAAUCUGGGAAUUAUAAUAAUGAUGGAUGAUGGACUUAAUAAUUUUCACAUGAUUACUUUUAAAGGAUACCGAUUAUUUCCCCUAAGGUUUAUAAUAUAUUUUGUCUCAUUUUGCUGAGGUUAUCCUUCAAAUACAUACAGUGCCUAUAGAAAGUCUACACCCCCUUGAAUUUAUUUCAUAUUUUGUUGCGUUACAAAGUGGGAUUAAAAUUGAUUUAAUUGUAUUUUUUUGUCAACAAUCUACACAAAAUACAUGUCAAAGUGGAAGAAAAAUUAUACAUAUUUUUUUAGAUUAAUAAAACACGAAUAUAUUUUGAUUACAUAAGUAUUCACCACCCUGAGUCAAUACAUGCUAGAAACACCUUUGGCAGCGAUUACAGCUGUGAGUCUUCUUGGGUAAGUCUUAUAAGAGCGUUGCACACCUGUAUUGUGCAAUAUGGUAAAUAUUGCACAAUACAGGUGUGCAAUGCUCUUAUUAGACUUUUCAAAACUCUUCAAGCUCUGUCAAGGUGUUGGGGAUCAUGGCUAGACAGCAAUUUUUAUGUCUUGCCAAAGAUCUUCAAGCAGAUUUAAGUCAAAACUGUAACUUGGGCACUAAAGAACUUUCACUGUUUUCUUGGUAAGCAACUCCAGUAUAGAUUUGGCUACAGUGAGGGAAAAAAGUAUUUGAUCCCCUGCUGAUUUUGUACGUUUGCCCACUGACAAAGAAAUGAUCAGUCUAUAAUUUUAAUGGUAGGUUUAUUUGAACAGUGAGAGACAGAAUAACAACAAAAAAAUCCAGAAAAACGCAUGUCAAAAAUGUUAUAAAUUGAUUUGCAUUUUAAUGAGGGAAAUAAUUAUUUGACCCCUCUGCAAAACAUGACUUAGUACUUGGUGGCAAAACCCUUGUUGGCGAUCACAGAGGUCAGACGUUUCUUGUAGUUGGCCACCAGGUUUGCACACAUCUCAGGAGGGAUUUUGUCCCGCUCCUCUUUGCAGAACUUCUCCAAGUCAUUAAGGUUUCGAGGCUGACGUUUGGCAACUCGAACCUUCAGCUCCCUCCACAUUUUCUAUGGGAUUAAGGUCUGGAGACUGGCUAGGCCACUCCAGGACCUUAAUGUGCUUCUUCUUGAGCCACUCCUUUGUUGCCUUGGCCGUGUGUUUUGGGUCAUUGUCAUGCUGGAAUACCCAUCCACGACCCUUUUUCAAUGCCCUGGCUGAGGGAAGGAGGUUCUCACCCAAGAUUUGACGGUACAUGGCCCUGUCCAUCGUCCCUUUGAUGCGGUGAAGUUGUCCUGUCCCCUUAGCAGAAAAACACCCCCAAAGCAUAAUGUUUCCACCUCCAUGUUUGACGGUGGGGAUGGUGUUCUUGGGGUCAUAGGCAGCAUUCCUCCUCCUCCAAACACGGCGAGUUGAGUUGAUGCCAAAGAGCUCCAUUUUGGUCUCAUCUGACCACAACACUUUCACCCAGUUCUCCUCUGAAUCAUUCAGAUGUUCAUUGGCAAACUUCAGACGGGCAUGUAUAUGUGCUUUCUUGAGCAGGGGGACCUUGCGGGCGCUGCAGGAUUUCAGUCCUUCACGGCGUAGUGUGUUACCAAUUGUUUUGUUGGUGACUAUGGUCCCAGCUGCCUUGAGAUCAUUGACAAGAUCCUCCCGUGUAGUUCUGGGCUGAUUCCUCACCGUUCUCAUGAUCAUUGCAACUCCACGAGGUGAGAUCUUGCAUGGAGCCCCAGGCCGAGGGAGAUUGACAGUUAUUUUGUGUUUUUCCAUUUGCGAAUAAUCGCACCAACUGUUGUCACCUUCUCACCAAGCUGCUUGGCGAUGGUCUUGUAGCCCAUUCCAGCCUUGUGUAGGUCUACAAUCUUGUCCCUGACAUCCUUGGAGAGCUCUUUGGUCUUGGCCAUGGUGGAGAGUUUGGAAUCUGAUUGAUUGAUUGCUUCUGUGGAAAGAUGUCUUUUAUACAGGUAACAAGCUGAUUAGGAGCAUUCCCUUUAAGAGUGUGCUCCUAAUCUCAGCUCGUUACCUGUAUAAAAGACACCUGGGAGCCAGAAAUCUUUCUGAUUGAGAGGGGGUCAAAUACUUAUUUCCCUCAUUAAAAUGCAAAUCAAUUUAUAACAUUUUUGACAUGCGUUUAUCUGGAUUUUUUUGUUGUUAUUCUGUCUCUCACUGUUCAAAUAAACCUACCAUUAAAGUUAUAGACUGAUCAUUUCUUUGUCUGUGGGCAAACGUACAAAAUCAGCAGGGGAUCAAAUACUUUUUUCCCUCACUGUAGGUUAUUGUCCUGCUGAAAGGUGAAUUCCUCUCCCAGUGUCUGGUGUAAAGCAGACUAAAGCAGGUUUUCCUCUAGGAUUUUACCUGUGCUUAGCUCCAUCCCGUUUCUUUUCAUCCUGAAAAACUCCCCAGUCUUUGCCGAUGUCAAGCAUACCCAUACCAUGAUGCAGCCACCACCAUGCUUGAAAAUAAGGAGGCAGUUACUCAGUGAUGUGUUGUGUUGGAUUUGCCCCAAACAUAAGGCUUUGCGUGUUUUAAUUUUUGUAUUAUUACUUUAGUGCCUUGUUGCGUACAUAUUCUGUAUAUUUGUAUUCUUCUUUUCACUCUGUCAUUUAGGUCAUUAUUGUGGUCACUACAAUGUUGUUGAUCCAUCCUCAGUUUUCUCCCAUCACAGCCAUUGAGCUCUGUAGCUGUUUUAAAAUCACCAUCAUGGUGACAUCCCUAAGUAGUUUCCUUCCUGUCUUGCAGCUCAGUUCAGAGGGACGAUGUCACGAGAAUUUCUAUCUCUAAUCAUAACUCAAGCUUUGAAUAAUUCCCAGAGGGUGUAAGGCUCUGGUUUAAUAAUGAAUUAAACGAAUUAUCCAGUCUGCAAGAGAUCAGCAUUUUUAUUCAGAGAGCGCUCUGGCACUAAAAACACACACAGCCUUUUUAUAUGCGUUUUCCCUCCAAGCCUGUUCUGCCAGGACUGGAUACAACCUCUUUGUCCCCGGAGGAGCAGAUGGGACCUUAACCUCCUCUUUACUUUCCUGCUCCCUUACUUCCUUUCUCUUGUUUCCUUCCACUCUCUUUCUAGCUUCUGAUAACCAUACCUUGGCUGUAUCUACCCCCUCUGCCUGCUGUUUUUUCAGAUCCAUACCACAGUUUACAUGCAUCUGUUUAAUCAUAGACUCUAUCUUGUCUACAUCGAGACGUCCAAUAAACCCAUACUUUGUCUUCCAUCUGGGUCCAUUGUAUAUAUAUAUUCCUUUUAUCCUUUAACUCCAUAUACCUUUCAUCCCCAGUUAAUUCCCGGACCUCCUUUGAGGAUUUACUUCCCGGAUGUAUCAUCCGCCUGUGCACGGUUUUCGGUGUCCCCCGGAACGACAGAGAACGGGUAUUGAGAUCCAGCUCAAAGGACCAAUUGUCACGAGAAUUUCUAUCUCUAAUCAUAACUCAAGCUUUGAAUAAUUCCCAGAGGGUGUAAGGCUCUGGUUUAGUAAUGAAUUAAACAAAUUAUCCAGUCUGCAAGAGAUCAGCAUUUUUAUUCAGAGAGCGCUCUGGCGCUAAAAACGCACACAGCCUUUUUAUAUGCAUCCACACAAAGGACUUUUCUCCGCCCACCUUUAGGUGGCCUGUAACUUUCCACAGUAUAGAAUGUUUCAGCAGUUUCUAGGUCCCCUUACUAUGGAAUGCUCGUCUCCAACAGUUUCUAACAUCUUCCCUGUUAGUGGUUCUAUUUUCUUAUAACUCUAACACAGUUUACACAUUUAUACACUAUCGGGGUGGAACACUUUAGUCAUUAUUCUACAUUACACAUACAAAUUCCUCUAUCAGACGACUGCAUCUUUGAUGUGUCUGGGUGGUUUAAUACAUCAUCCACAGCAUAAAUAUUAACUUGACCAUGCUUAAAGAUAUAUUCAAUGUCUGAUUUGUUAUUGUUACCCAUCUACCAAUCACUGCCCUUCUUUAUGAGGCUUUCGAAAAGCUCCCUGGCCUUUGUAGUUGAAUCUGUGCUUGAAAUUCAAUACUUGACUGAGGGACCUUACAGAUGUUGUAUGUAUGGGGGACAGAGGAAGGGGUAGUCAUUCAAAAAUCAUGUCAACCCCUAUUAUUUCACACAGAGUGACCCCGUAUAACUUAUUAUGUGAUUUGUUAAGCCAGAUUUGACAUCUGAACUAAUUUAGGCUUGCCUAAACAAAGGGGGUGAAUACUUAUGCAACGACUAUAUUUUAGUGAUUACAUUUAUAAACAUUUGGAAACAUUUGUAAACAUUUGUAGAAUUUUAUUUUCUCUUUGACAUUAUGGAGUAUUUUGUGUAGAUCAAUGACAAAAAAUGACAAUGAAAUAUAUUUAAAUCCCACUUUGUAACGCAACAAAAUGUGAAAAAAGUUCAAGGGGGUGUAGACUUUCUAUAGGCACUGUAUCUGGCUGCCAUUUUAGCUAGAACAAUCAUAAUAGGUCAAACUAUAGCUUGUCAUUUAUAUUUGUACUGUACCAUUGUAACGUGGGGGAUCAAAUAAUAAAGUGAACUCAGCCUGUUACCUAUGGCAGAAACAUACUGUAUAUUUGUUGAGACUGAUCCCUGCCAUUGUUCUGUCAGUAUGCAGGGAAAGUUGACGAGAACAUUGCUGAUGUCAUUGUGAUGAGGAUCAAAACAGUGGACAGAGAUCUAGAACACACAGAUAACUGGCGGGCUGUCUUUCACAUCACUCAAGGCAACGAGGACGGACUCUUCUCCAUCGAGACGGACCAAGACACCAAUGAAGGCAUUCUGAAGCUGAUCAAGGUAUGACUGGACUCUGAGACCUCACUCAAUGUUGUUUGGACCUUUUGAGCUUAUGUUAUCUGACUGUAUUUUCACAUAUGGUUUGAGUUGUCAAACUCAGUUCUGUAGAUGCCUAUUGAUGCAGUAUGUCUAAGAGUUUACUAUAUUAUUUCCUCAUCUCAAACCCACAGGCAGUAGAUUUCGAGGAAGUCCAGAAACUGGAGCUUGGACUACUCAUUGAGAACGUAGCUCCUUUUGUUGUAGGGAGUGCUGUAGCGAUGGAUGUGGAUGUUUAUGCUGGGGAGGGGGGAGGGCCGGGAGCUGGAGCUGGAGCUGGGGCUGGGGCUGGGGCAGGAGAUGGGGCUGGGGCUGGGGCUGGGGCUGGGGCUGGGGCUGGGGCUGGGGCUGGGGAUGGAGUUGGUGUUGAUGUAGGAGUGGAUGUUGGUGUAGAUAUUGGUGGAAAUGUGGGGGUGAAUGCAGGGGUGGAUGUGGAUGUAAAUGCUGGAGCUGGGCCUGGGGUAGGUGGUGGGACUGGGGUUAAGCCUGGUCCCAAUGGGAAGCUGAAACCAAAGCCGAAGCCGAAGCCUAAAGGGGGGAAGACCUACCCGAUUUCGAUCGCAAUUAACAACAUGCCGGAAGGUCCAGCAUUUAAGCCCAGCACCAAGCCUGUGCCUGUCUCUGAGGAUCCCAACAAAAUGCAGAAGGAUGGAGUGAUCGCCUCAUACCCUGCUGUGGACGGAGAUACAGGGGAGCCUGCUGAGGACGUCAGGUUAGUGGGCUGACCAAGGAAACGACCAGAAACGGGUAAAACUGUGAGUCUGGUGAUCAACAGUAAUAUAACAGUUAAGAUGCCAAAAACACAAGAGGGUGACUCCUCACAAAACUAAAACUAAAAAACAAACAUGUUUUUGAGGAUUUUCACUAAAUGUAAUCCUCCUUUGGAGGAAGGAUUGUUUACAUAUAUUUGACAUUUGCAUCUUAAAGCAUAAUUGAUUUAAAUUAGAAUAUUAGUGACAUUUUGGCCUUACCCAGGCCUCUUUGAGACUCCAUGAUGUAGGUGCUACAAAGCUAAAGUUGGUGUAGUAUUUUGAUUUCAAUUACACAUUUCUUACAUACAUUUAUGAAUAUUGAAAACUAUAAACAUGAAUAUUGAAAAUAUAAAACAUUUGAUUUGACAAAUGUUUCUAUAUAUAGUUUAACAUAAUACUCUACGGGCAUAUCAAAGUUCCAGAGUGGGAUCUCUGUUAGUUUUAAAGUUAUGGCCCAUUUUAUACAGAGAAACUGGCAUAGUAGGCAUAGUAGGCAGUGUAACCAAUCACAUCCCUCCUUUUACUUGUAUCAUUGCACAUCCUGCAAAUGGCAACCAUUUUGAAUCCUUUUAACAUUCACUCUGUUAGUAAUGCUUACAAAUUGGGUCAUAACGCUAAAAGUAGCAGAGAUCCCACUUUGAUAUGCAUGUAUAUUAUAUUAUGUUCAACAAUAUAUUUACAAAUUUGCCAAAUAUAUAAAAUUAGACUUAAAAAACAGAUAAAAAUACACCUUAUGGAACAGUGGGGACUGUGAAGCAACACAAACAUAGACACAUGCAUACAAACACACGAUAACAUACGCACUAUACACACAUGUACAGUUGAAGUCGGAAGUUUACAUACACUUAGGUUGGAGUCAUUAAAACUCGUUUUUCAACCACUUGUGCAUGACACAAGUCAUUUUUCCAACAAUUGUUGUGAAAUAAAUAAAAGCUGAAAUAAAUCAUUCUCUCUACUAUUAUUCUGACAUUUCACAUUCUUAAAAUAAAGUGGUGAUCCUAACUGACCUAAAACAGGGAAUUUUUACUAGGAUUAAAUGUCAGGAAUUGUGAAAAACUGAGUUUAAAUGUAUUUGGCUAAGGUGUAUGUAAACUUCCGACUUACAUUACAUUAAAGUCAUUUAGCAGACGCUCUUAUCCAGAGCGACUUACAGUUAGUGAAUACAUAUUUUUUUAUACUGGCCCCCCGUGGGAAUCGAACCCACAACCCUGGCGUUGCAAACACCAUGCUCUAUCAACUGAGCUACAUCCCUGCCGGCCUUUCCCUCCCCUACCCUGGACGACGCUGGGCCAAUUGUGCGCCGCCCAUGAGUCUCCCGGUCGCGGCCGGCUGCGACAGAGCCUGGAUGACUUCAACUGUACAUAUGGAUUUAGUGUUAUAGAUAUGUGGUAGUAGAGUAGAGGCCUGAGGGCACACACUUAAUAUGUUGUGAAAUCUGUUAUGAAUGUAUUGUAAAGUUUAAAAAAUGUAUAACUGCCUUAAGUUUGCUGGAUCCCAGGAAGAGUAGCUGCUGCCUUGGCAGCAGCUAAUGGGGAUCCAUAAUAAAUACAAAUGUACAGAUUAAACAUUACGGAGUCUUAAACUUCAAUGAAGUAUUUACACUUUAAGAUACAAAUGUCAAAUAUACAGUACCAGUCAAAAGUUUGGACACACCUACUCAUUCCAGGGUUUUUCUUUAUUUUUACUAUUUUCUACAUUGUAGAAUAAUAGUGAAGACAUCAAAACUAGGAAAUAACACAUAUGGAAUCAUGUAGUAACCAAAAAUGUGUUCAACAAAUCAAAAUCUAUUUUAUAUUUGAGAUUCUUCAAAUAGCCACCCUUUGACUUGAUGACAGCUUUGCACACUCUUGGCAUUCUCUCAACCAGCUUCACCUGGAAUGCUUUUCCAACAGUCUUGAAGGAGUUCCCACAUAUGCUGAGCACUUGUUGGCUGCUUUUCCUUCACUCUGCCGUCCGACUCAUCCCAAACCAUCUCAAUUGGGUUGAGGUCGGGGGAUUGUGGAGGCCAGGUCAUCUGAUGCAGCACUCAUCACUCUCCUUCUUGGUCAAAUAGCCCUUACACAACCUGGAGGUGUGUUGGGUCAUUGUUCUGUUGAAACCCCCACACCAUAACACCUCCUCCUCCAUGCUUUAUGGUGGGAAAUACACAUUCGGAGAUCAUCCGUUCACCCACACCGCGUCUCACAAAGACACAGCGGUUGGAACCAAAAAUCUUCAAUUUAAACUCCAAACCAAAGGACAUAUUUCCACCGGUCUAAUGUCCAUUGCUUGUGUUCUUGGCCCAAGCAGGUCUCUUCUUCUAAUUGGUGUCCUUUAGUAGUGGUUUCUUUGCAGCAAUUCGACCAUGAAGGACUGAUUCACACAGUCCCCUCUGAACAGUUGAUGUUGAGAACUCUGUGAAGCAUUUAACUCUAAUGAACUUAUCCUCUGUAGCAGAGGUAACUCUGGGUCUUCCAUUCCUGUGGCGGUCCUCAUGAGAGCCAGGUUCAUCAUAGCGCUUGAUGAUUUUUGCAACUGCACUUGAAGAAACUUUCAAAGUUCUUGAAAUGUUCCGUAUUGACUGACCUUGAUGUCUUAAAGUAAUGAUGGACUGUCGUUUCUCUUUGCUUAUUUGAGCUGUUCUUGCCAUAAUAUGGACUUGGUCUUUUACCAAAUAGGGCUAUCUUCUGUAUACCCCCCGUACUUUGUCACAACACAGCUGAUUGUAUCACACGCAUUAACAAGGAAAGAAAUUCCACAAAUUAACUUUGAAGAAGGAACACCUGUUCAUUGAAAUGCAUUCUAGGUGACUACCUCAUGAAGCUGGUUGAGAGAAUGCCAAAAGUGUGAAAAGCUGUCAUCAAGGCAAAGGGUGGCUAUUUGAAGAAUCUCAAAUAUAAAAUAGAUUUUGAUUUGUUUAACACUUUAUUGGUUACUACAUGAUUCCAUAUGUGUUAUUUCCUAGUUUUGAUGUCUUCACUAUUAUUCUACAAUGUAAAAAAAUAGUAAAAAUAAAGAAAAACCCUGGAAUGAGUAGGUGUGUCCAAACUUUUGACUAGUACUGUAUGUCAACAAUCCUUUCUCCAAAGGACCGUUCUACUAAAAUAACUUAGUGAAAAUCCCAAAUAGUGGUAUUUUUUGUUCUAGUUUCAUUAGGAAUCACCCAAGAGUUAGUGACAUAUUCAGACUCCUAAUGCAUCUGUGAGUUGUUUCCUUCAUAUAAAUCCACAUUCCUUACUGCAUUUUCCAGGUAUGCCAAAGCCUAUGACCCAGACAACUGGGUGACCAUCGAUGACAAGACAGCUGAGAUCAGACUUAUCAAGACGCCAGAUCGAGAGUCUAAGUUCUUGGUGAAUGGGACAUACUUUGCCAAGAUACUCUGCAUUACUCAAGGUACUGUAAGAUACUUUAGACGCUAGCUAGGGCUUAAUACAGAAAUGGACUAAAAUACUAUCUUCAUUCUUCUUCAUUCUUCUACAUGAAUAUGAAAGUUAGCCUGUUAGAAGUUAGCCUCAACAGUAACUGUCAUAAAUACUUCUCAUAAUUAAAAAUUAUCUUCUUGUCUUGUUGUGCUGUUGGCCCCGGCCUUCUUGCCACUGAGUUUCUAAUCUAAUACAGCUGGGUGUGUUGCUCAACUCUCAUCUUCCCUUAACAAGUUCAAUGUUAAUGAGAGCGGGUGGAAAUAUUUGCCCGGAGAUAAUUCAUCUUGGAAAGCACAGCAGAGACAGGCCCUUUCAAACAGCUUAACUAUUCAGGGUGUAGGCUCAUUGCUCAACUAAGGGAAUCAAAUGUGAUGACGAUGGAGAUAUGCCUGUCAAAAAUAACAGCAUGAAGCAACACGUCUAUCCAUCAGAACUGAAAACUAAUCAGAGUUUCUCCAGAUAAUAAAAAUGGUUAGAUAUACAGUGCCUUCAGAAAGAAUUCACAGCCCUUGACUUUCCAAAUUUUGUUGUGUUACAGCCUGAAUUUAAACUGGAUUAAAUUGAGAUAUUGUGUCACUGGCCUACACACAAUACCCCAUAAUGUCAAAGUGGAGUUAUAAUUUAAAACGAAAAGCUGAAAUGUCUUGAUUCAAUAAGUAUUCAACCCCUUUGUUAUGGCAAGCCUAAAUAAGUUCAGGAGUAAAAAUGUGCUUAACAAUUUGCAUGAACUCACUCUGUGUGCAAUAACAGUGCUUAACAUGAUUUUUGAAUGAGUACCUCAUUUCUGUACCCCACACAUAGAAUUAUCUGUAAGGUCCCUCAGUCGAGCAGUGAAUUUCAAACACAGAUUCAACCCCAAAGACCAGGGAGGUUUUCCAAUGCAUCGCAUUGAAUCUUUUACAAAUGUUAGAAUUUUUCUUCCACUGACAUUACAGAGCAUUUUGUGUAGAUCGUUGACAAAACAUGACAAUUAAAUCCAUUUUAAUUCCACUUUGUAACACAACAGAAUGUGGAAAAAGUCAAGGGGUGUGAAUACUUUCUGAAGGCACUGUAAAUAAAAAUUAAGAUCCCAGAGCUACAAUCUUAGAAAAAAAGGUGAUAUCUAGAACCUAAAAGUUUUUUUCUCGGAUGUCCCCAUAGGAGAACCCCUUUGAAGAACCCUUUUUGGUUCCAGGUAGAACCCUUUUCCCACUGGGAACACACUGGUUGAAUCAACGUUGUUUCCACGUAAUUUCAAUGAAAUAGCAUUGAACCAACAUGGAAUAGAUGUUGAAUUGACGUCUGUGCCAAGUGGGUUGGUUCCAGGUAGAACCCUUUUGUGUUCCGUGUAGAAUCCUUUCCACAGAGGGUUUUACAUGGAACCCAAAAGCAUUCUACCUGGAACCAAAAAUUGUUCUCCUAUGGGGACAGCCAAAGAACCCUUUUGGAACCCUUAUUUCUAAGAGUGUAUCAAACCAAAGUACUGUCCCUGCGGUAACACUUCACUCAAUGCUGAAAGGUACAGUAUAAUGCAAUAUGAUCCAGUUACAAUGCAUUAUAAGACUUGUCAUUAGCAUGCCUGAAACUGUGCUCUAUAUGAGUUUGACUAUGAAAACAUGUAUUGUUUUACAGAUAUGCCCUCUAAGACGGCCACGGGCACCAUAGCCAUCCAGGUCCAGGACUCCAACGACCACUGCCCCAUGCUGACCACUACCUAUGAGAGAGUGUGCUCGGGCAAACGUACAGUCAACGCCACUGCAUUCGACGAGGACAUCUCGCCCAAUGGAGCUCCGUUCACCUUCACCGUGGUGGCUGAGGGGACACGUGGCAACUGGGAAAUAGAACACAUCAAUGGUAAGAACAGUACAGGAAAAUGUACAGUGCUUUCAGAAAGUAUUCAUACCCCUAGACUUUUUCCACAUUUUGUGGUGUUACAGCCUGAAUUUAAAAUUGAUUCAAUUGAGAUUUUUUUGUCACUGGCCUACACAUAAUACCCCAUAAUAUCAAAGUGGAAUUAGGUUUUUUGAAAUGUGUACAAAUUCAUUAAAAAUGAAAAGCUGAAAUGUAUUGAGUCAAUAAGUAAUCAACCCAUUUGUUAUGGCAAGCCUAAAUAAGUUCAGGAGUGAAUAUGUGUUUAAUAAGUGACAUAAUAAGUUGCAUGGACUCACUCCGUGUGCAAUAAUAGUGUUUAACAUGAUUGUUGAAUUACUAUCUCAUCUCUGCACCCCACAUAUACAAUUAACUGUAAGGUCCCUCAGUCAAGCAGUGAAUUUCAAACACAGAUUCAACCACAAAGACCAGGGAGGUUUUCCAAUGCUUCGCAAAGAAGGGCACCUAUUGGUAGAUGGGUAAAAAAAAGCAGACAUUGAAUAUCCCUUUGAGCAUGGUGAAGUUAUUAAUUACACUUUGGAUGGUGUAUCAAUACACCCAGUCACUAUAAAGAUACAGGUGUCCUUCCUUACAAAGAGGAAGGAAACUGCUCAGGGAUUUCACCAUGAGGCUAAUGGUGACUUUGAAACAUUUACAGAGUUUAAUGGCUGUGAUAGAAGAAAACUGAGGAUGGAUCAACAACAUUGUAGUUACUCCACAAUACUAACCUAAUUGACAGAGUGAAAAGAAGGAAGCUUGUACAGAACAUAUAUUCCAAAACAUGCAUCCUGUUUCAACAAGGCACUAAAGUAAUACUGCAAAAAAAAUGUGGCAUAGCAAUUGACUUUUUGUCCUGAAUAAAAAGUUUUAUGUUUGGGGCAAAUCCAAUUCAACAUAUUACUGAGUACCACUCUCCAUAUUUUCAAGCAUAGUGUUGGCUGCAUCAUGUGAUGGGUAUGCUUGUAAUCGUUAAGGACUGGUGAGUUUUUCAGGAUAAAAAAUAAACGGAAUGGAGCUAAGCACAGGCAAAAUCCUAGAGGAAAAUCUGCUUCAGUCUGCUUUCCACCAGACACUGGGAGAUGAAUUCACCUUUCAGCAGGACAAUAACCUAAAACACAAGGCCAAAUCUACAUUGGAGUUGUUUACCAAGAAGACAGUGAAUGUUCCUGAGUGGCCGAGUUACAGUUUUGACUUCAAUCUGCUUGAAAAUCUAUGGCAAGACUUGAAAAUGGUUUUCUAGCAAUUAUCAACAACCAGUGGUGUAAAGUACUUAAGUAAAAAUAAUUUUAAGUACUACUUAACUCGUUUUUUUUUGUAUCUGUACUUUACUAUUUAUAUAUUUGACAACUUUUUGUUUUACUUCACUACAUUCCUAAAGAAAAUAAUGUACUUUUUACUCCAGACAUUUUCCCUGACACCCAAAAGUACUCUUUACUUUUUGAAUGCUUAGCAGCACAGGAAAAUGGUCCAGUUCACACACUUAUCAAGAGAACAUCCCUGGUCAUCUCUACUGCCUCUGAUCUGGCGGACUCACUGAACACAAAUUCUUUAUUUGUAAAUGAUGUCUGAGUGUUGGAGUGUGCCCCUGGCUAUCCAUAAAUACAUUUAAAAAAUAAAAUUGUGCCGUCUUUUUGGCUUAAUAUAAGGAAUAAGAUUUUAAUACUUAAGUAUAUUUUAGCAAUUACAUUUACUUUGAUGCUUAAGUAUAUUUUUACUCAAGUAGUAUUUUACUAGGUGACUUUCACUUUUACUUCAGUCAUUUUCUAUUAAGGUAUCUUUACUUUUACUCAGUAAUGACAAUUUAGUACUUUUUCCACCACUGUCAACAACCAAUUUGACAGAGCUUGAAGAAUUUUGAAAAUAAUAUUGGGCAAAUAAUAUUACCCAGAAAGUCUCACAGCGGUAAUCGCUGCCAAAGGUGAUUCUAACAUGUAUUGACUCAGGGGUGUGAAUACUUAUGUAAAUGAGAUAUUUCUGUAUUUCAUUUAAAUACAUUUUAAAAACAUUCUAAAAACAUGUUUUCACUUUGUCAUUAUGGGGUAUUGUGUGUAGAUUGGUGAGAGAAAAACAUUAUUUAAUCCAUUUUGAAUUUAGACUGUAACACAACAAGAUGUGGAAUAAGUCAAGGGUAUGAAUAAUUUCUGAUGGCACUGUAUAUACUGUCCAUUGUCUAACUGUUUAUCACUAGGAAGAGGAAGUAGACAAUGCUGUUCUCUGUCCCCUUAACUGUUUGCACUAGCACUCAAACCCCUCACCCAAAAAAUUAUAUUAAAAUAAAUUACAUAAACGUAAGAGGUUACCAACAUAAAUUAAGUUGAUAUGCACUGUAAUGAUGCAGUGAGUCAAAACAUUUCAUCCAUAUUCAUGGAGAUGUUUCACAGUAAAGUAUCUCUCUCUCCAUCCCUCCCUAUCCUAGGCACGACGGCUGUCUUGCGAUCUAUUGAGGCGUUGUGGCCGGGUGAGUAUGAGGUGAUGGUGGCGGUAGCAGACGAGCAGGGCCUGUCCUGCCCAGAGCCACAGGUGUUCAAGGUGGAGGUAUGUACCUGUUCAGAGGGGAAAGACUGUGGCUCCAGGGCUAUCAGUUUACUCCAGAAGACCACCUCCGCCAAAAUUGGUACCCCCGCCAUUGGACUGCUCAUCAUAGCCAGCUGUGUUCUGCUAUGUGAGUUGGGCUAUGCUAAAGACACUCAUAUUUCAUAUUGCACACACACACACACACACACACACACACACACACACACACACACACACACACACACACACACACACACAAACACACACACACACACACACAGUGAAGUCAAGUCAUGCCUCACAAGUUUAUUAGGAACACACGUCAGUUCAGAUAGACACUCACACACGUGAGCACACACACAUUUAUACUCACCCUGAUGUGUGUCUCCUUGUCUCUGUGUUUGCAGUGGUGCCUCUGCUGCUGCUGUUAUGUCAGUGUAGGGGAGGAGCCUUCGCUGACCAGUUCACUGACCUGCCGUUCAAUGCCAAGGAAUACCUCAUAUCCUACCACACUGAGGGAAAGGGAGAGGAUAAGGUGAGGCCUUAUUCAAGUUCCCAUAUUGACAUUGUAACUAUUUUGUCCGUUUAUAUGUCAGUUAUGAGACGUAUAGCUAUUAUAUGUAAAAUCUUCACAAUUACAAACAUCAACAUACUGUAUGUUACAUACAUUUUUGAUGCUUUUACGUUAAUACACUACAUACGUCGAAGAUCUCAUUACGAAAUCAUGGGCAUUAAUAUGGAGUUGGUCCCCCUUUUGCUGCUGUAACAGCCUCCACUCUUCUGGGAAGGCUUUCCACUAGAUGUUGGAACAUUGCUGAGCGGACUUGCUUCCAUUCAGCCACGAGCAUUAGUGAGGUCGGGCAUUUCUGUAUGGACCUCGCUUUGUGCACGGGGGCAUUGUCAUGCUGAAACAGGAAAGGGCCUUCCCCAAACUGUUGCCACAAUGUUGGAAGCACAGAAUAGUCUAGAAUGUACAGUAAUUGUAUGCUGUGGCAUUAAGAUUCCCCUUCACUGGAGCUAAGGGGCCUAGCCCAAACCAUGAAAAACAGCCCCAGACCAUUAUUCCUCCUCCACCAAACUUUACAGUUGGCACAUUCUCCUGACAUCCGCCAAACCCAGAUUCAAUGGCGGCGAGCUUUACACCACUCCAGCUGACACCUGUAAGUCGCUUUGGAUAAAAGCGUCUGCUAAAUGGCAUAUUAUUAUUAUUAUUAUUUAUUAUUACCUGGCAUUGUGCAUGGUGAUCUUAUGCUUGUGUGCGGCUGCUCGGCCAUGGAAACCCAUUUCAUGAAGCUACCAACGAACAGUUAUUGUGCUGACGUUGCUUCCAGAGGCAGUUUGGAACUCGGUAGUGAGUGUUACAACUGAGGACAGACUAUUCUUUUUACACGCUACGCACUUCAGCACUCUGCGGUCCCGUUCUGUGAGCUUGUGUGGCCUACCACUUCGCGGCUGAGACGUUUUUGUUCCUAGACGUUUCCACUUCACAAUAACAGAACUUACAGUUGACCGGGGCAGCUCUAGCAGGGCAGAAAUGUGACGAACUGACUUGUUGGAAAGGUGGCAUCCUAUGACGAGCUCUUCAGUACGGGCCAUUCUACUGCCAAUGCUUGUCUAUGGAGAUUUCAUGGUUGUGUGCUUGAUUUAAUACACCUGUCAGCAACGGGUGUGGCUGAAAUAGCAUAAUCCUCUAAUUUGAAGGGGUGUCCACAUACAUUUGUACGUAAAAUAGGUUAUUUUAAGAUUAUGUUGCAUUCCCAUGGUUAUUCGAGAUGUAUCAACAUGUCUGUUUGAUUGUCUAUUUGUUCUUUGUUUUUUUGUGUAGGAGAUGCCCCUACUCAGUGUUCCUACAACUGGAACUGAUGGAAGGGCUGCACUAGGAACACUAGGAUCAGAAUCAAUUCAGGCAGCAAACAUCGCCACAAAAUCCUCACGUAAUACUACAAACACUAUACGCCAGACCAGUGGGGUCUCCAGUGAGGACAUGCAUACACUGCGCCGGGAGCAGAGCCACAGGCCUAUGGGCAUGGAGAUGGGCUACACCUAUGGACUCCAGAAUUGUGGAAGCUUUGAGGCUAGUAUGGGGCUGGGAAGCAACACAAUGCUUUCCAGAUAUGCCACACAUACCUCACAUGUCAAACAAGACAUCUAUGAGGACAUAGCACUCCCAUGUGAUUUCCUGGAUGACUACUACUCACAGGUAAAUGGGACAAUACUGUAUUUCAAUAAUGCGGAAACUUUUUAAAAUGUCUUAUAUGACCACAUUUGAUUUAGGUCCCGAACAUAUACAACAUUAGGUCUCGAGCAUAUACAAUGUACAAUCUAAGUUCUGAUCACAAAAGGCAUUCGCUAUGUCACAAAUGAGUCUCUCUUAUUCCCUCAUGCAGAAAGUGGCAUGUGCAUCUCAGAACCCUCCACUGAAAGACAGUAUGUUGGUGUAUGACUAUGAGGGUCAGGGCUCUCCUGUGGGCUCGGUGGGAUGCUGCAGCCUCCUGGAAUCUGACAAUGACCUCCAGUUCCUCAAUGACCUGGGGCUAAAGUUCAAGACCCUGGCUGACAUCUGCUCUCCUCCAAAACCUCAACCCAAACCUCAACCCAAACCCAGAAUGGUGGAGUGCAUCGUUGAGCCAAAACUCCCUGAAAUCAAAAGAGAGAGCAUCGUCACCACCAGCAAUGUUAACAUCACCAAAUCUUCCGUUAGCAAUGUCAAUAUAAACCAAUCAUCCACCAGCACCAGCAGAGUCAAUAUCUCCCAACCACCUCCCACCAGUCCCCCUGCCACUGGGGUUAGUAACUUCUCUAACGUUAGUCAGUCCGCCACUUUCCCACCCCCCCCUACCCAGACGAUUCUGCUGCAGCAGCAGCCUAUGUACUACACCACCAUGCAGCCUUUGAUGCAGCCCAUGAUGCAGCCCACGAUGCAGCCCAUUCAAUAUGUACUGGCUGAUGGCGGCUCUGCCACCAACCUAAAGCGUAUGGUAGUGCUCAACGGGCCCCCUGGGUCUGGAAGCAUGGGAAGCCUGGGAGGCCUUGUCAUCCAAGGCAACAGGGUCAUAUCAGAGACCUCCACUUGCCCUAUCAGUCCCAGUAGCCCAGGAAGCCCCACCAUGCUGGCGCUGGGUAGUCCCGGAAGCCCCGGGUGGAUCCAAGGCUCCCUACGCAGGGGUGGCCUGGGAGGCCUGUCUGUAGUGGGGCACAGCCCUGAUGGUAACUAUGUUUACAUGGAAAGGCAGGUUAAUGUAAGUGGAGAGCCACAGGUGUGGUCUGGGGUCCCAGGUGUACCUUCUCAGGGCAGUUUGCCCAGGGGUGCGUUCCUGGUGAAGGAGGCUGCUCCCCCUCAGGGGGUUGUAGGCCUGGCAGCCCAGGGUGUGGGUGGGGGUGGUGGAAGUGUGUAUGGUGUUAUGCCAGGACACACCUUUACAAGGGUGAGGCAGGUUGGGGGUGGGCCUAUUGGGGUUGGGCCGGUUGGAAUGGGGCCUGGGGGGGUAGGGCAGAUAGUUAUAGGAUCACAGGGAGUCCCAAUGUGGGUGCCACAGAGCCCCCCAGGGGGUCGCCCUGGACAGAGGGAGGGGGCAGCGCCAACAGGUGAAUCUCAACCGACUCCAGUUACUGUUGAAAUACCAGAGUCAGUUGAGUCAGUGGCAGAGAUUGAGAGGAAACUGGUGUUUGAGGGCCAUGGUGAACCAGGUGAGCAAAUAGAGGAGGAGGAGGAGGAGGAGGAGGAGGAGGAGGAGGAGGAGGAGGAAGAGGAGGAAAUGGAGGAGGAGGACGAGGAAGAGGAGGAGGAGGAGGAAGAGGAGGAGGAGGAGGAGGAGGAAGAGGAGGAAAUGGAGGAGGACGAGGAAGAGGAGGAGGAAGAGGAGGAGGAGGAGGAAGAGGAGCCUUUACAACAGACAACAGAAACAGCUGUGACUGAGGUUACUGAGGAAGAACCCGUAACUUUAGCGUUAGCCUCAGAGCCAUCAACAGAACCGGUUGAGCCAUCUGAGUCACUGGAACACAAACUAACAGACAAACCCACUGAGUCAAGCCAUCCAACAGAGGAAGAUGCAUCAACUCAAUUAAAUAAAGUCUCUGGAGCUCUUGAUGAAGAAGGCCUAGUUGACUCUGAGGACCAGCUGUCCGAUGAGGAUGUGUCCAUGGUAGUCGAGGCCAAAUCAGACAUUAUAGAUUUAGUUGGUACAGAUCAGCCAGCCGAGGAAGAAGACAUUAUAGAUCUAGUUGGUACAGAUCAGCCAGCCGAGGAAGAAGACAUUAUAGAUCUAGUUGGUACAGAUCAGCCAGCCGAGGAAGAAUCAACAGAACAGAUUCCGGAGGAGGAAGUGGUUUCAGAAUCGCAGGAAGUUGAGCUAACGGUGGAUCCAGUCACUAACGGUCAAUUAGAGAAGGGUAUUACUGAGACAAAAGAGAUGAUGGUAUUAGAAGCACAGCAAGAUCAGGUCACAGUUGAUGACGUCACUGAUAGCCAAGAGGAGGGUACAUCUGAGGAGGAAGUGAUGUCACAACUUCAGUUAGAUGAGCUCACAGUAGAUAGCCUCACAGAUAACCAGAAAGAGGAGGGGAAAGCACCUGAGGAAGUUUUCUUAAAAUCAGAAUUGCUCAUAGCAGCUUACAGUGCACUUGAUGGCCAAGAAGAAGAGGGUAGUCCUGAGGAGGAAUUGGUGUCAGAGUUGCAGCAGAAUCAGACAAUAUCACAUAGCGUCACUGAUGUCCAGGAGGAGGGAAGUCAGGGAGAUGCAGUGCUGAGUGUUCAGAUAGGAGAGGUGGAGGGAGAGAUGGAGGAAGAGGUGGAAGGAGAGAUAGAGGGAGAGGUGGAGGAAGAGGUGGAGAAAGAGGUGGAAGGAGAGGUGGAGGGAGUGUUGAUGAAGAGGUGGAAGAGGGGUAGGGAUAGGUAG